UGUCUUUUUUCAGGUUGAGCAGCUGUCCUUCAUUGAAGCCUAUGUGUGAAUUUACACAAAGUGAAGAUCAUGAACUCCAGACUCUCAUCGUUGAUUCUGUUGCUGCUCAUUCCAGGGCCUGCAACACUGGACCAGCCCUCUGUGACUUGCAGUCAAAAGAGUAUUUGUGCUGCGAAGGGGUCAGAAGUGACACUGAUCUGCUUUAACUACAACAUCGAAAUCAAAACUGGGUUCUGGUUCAGCAAGAAACAAAGUACAAACUGGAGAAAAAAUAAUGAACCGGAAGAUCUGACUUUAGACUCAGACUACUCAGGACGGGUGAAGCAGACGGUCACACACUACCUUUCAAAACUCACAAUAUCAGACGUGAGAGAGAGAGACUCUGGACAAUAUCAGCUCAUGUUCAUCAUGAAGGAUGGAGUUAAACAUCUCAGCUCAGCAGCCGUCAAUCUAACAGUCACAGUCCUGCAGGUGAGGAUGAAUCCUGUGUUUAGAGAAAGAGACAUGUCAGAUAAGAGAGUAAAACUGACCUGUGCCUCUUCCUGCACCUCUGGAGUUUCUUAUAACUGGAUGAAGAACGGAAAGGAUUUCGAUACAGGGUCCCGCGUGUCAAUCAGCACAAAUGAUGACAAAUAUUCUUGUUUUAUUAAUCCAGACCGUGAACAUUCAUCCUCUUAUCUGUGUGUUUCUCCGAGCGGCUGCUGGGAUGUGACUUACUCCUCUAGAAGAGUCUGUGCUUUAGUUGGCUCAACAGUAGACAUUUCCUGCUCAUACUCACAUCCCUCUAGUGAUACUGUAAAUAAAACAUUCUGGCAUUACGGUCGGCCUGGUGACUUCAAGGAUCUGCGUGAGGAGCAUCAGUUUGCUGGUCGUGUGGAGUAUGUGGGGAACAAACUGAGAAUCAAAGAGCUCAAGAGCAUCGACUCUGGAGAAUAUCGAUUCAGGUUCAUCACUGACUCAGACCAAUACUCAGGAUCACCUGGAGUCACUCUUACUGUUACAGAUACACAAGUGAUAAGGAGCCCAUCCACUGUCUCAGGAGAAGAAAAAGUGAUAUUAAACUGUUUAACUAAAUGCACUCUGAACAACAAACAUACUUACAUCUGGUACAAGAACGGACGACAGGUAACAGAUGGAUUCACUAAAGUCAACAAGCUGUACCUGGACUCAGUCAGCGAUGAAGAGCUUCAACAGUAUUCCUGUGCUGUAGGAGAUUCAGUGAACAGCACAGCGUUUAGCCAUUAUACCGUCACUCUGCUGGUGUUUUUACCUCAGUUUCUCACAAUAGCGGCUCUGUGGAUGUGGUAUUUCAUCAAAAUCUCCUUUCAUAACCAAACUGAAAGCAAAAACAAAGAGAUUCAGAUGUUCCAGAUGUCUUAAUCUAUAGCUGCUGAUUGUCCAUCAGAGCUGCUGGAGUGAUGUAAUUGUGUUCUUUCAGUGACAUCAUCACCCAGCAACAGUCAGAAGUAACAUUCCAGUGAUGUCAUAGACAUAUCAAUGACUACUUUUCACAAAUGAACAAAACUAAAACAAAACUAAAUGACUGUCCAGGUUUUAUAUUUCAGUAGAUAACUGUAACCACAGUAAUGAUGACUGUUAUUGUGGAAAAAUAAUUCUAGGUAACACUUUAUAAUACUGUUCCGUCAUAAAUGAAUUAACCACACACACACACACACACACAAACAAACAGCAACAAUGAAAAAAACAUAUUGUGUUUUCUUGAAAUUUAAAUUCAAGCAGGGCUAUGAUCUGUUUAAACAGCUCUGUAGACUUGGAAGAGUUACUUCUGUGAUUUCCUGAAAAGGCAGCACCACCCAUUGGUCAAGAAAAAAAAAAUCUGUUUAUAACCAGUAGUAUAAUAAAUAAGAUGUUCUGAAAGUGAUCUGACAGCUUGGAGACAGCGACAU